AUGUCUACAAUAGGCAGCGUUGUGAGCAAGUCCAGUCAAAACACGGUAACCGUGCUUAACAUAGGUGAUACCAAUGGUGUUCUUCAUCAGAAACCUAUCCGGCCGGCCCUUGUAAUAUUCUCAAGGAACGCGAUCGGUUCCAACAAGUUGGCAAUCACUUCCAUCAGGAUUGAUGAAAAGACAGCAGCUAACACAGAACGGUGCGACUGUCGGAAAGCUAACAACUCGUGCGUCAUCACCUCUGUUGAGCAGUCCAAGGGGAAGUCGUAUCUAGAGGCUGAACGUUUUGUUGCGAAGGAAGGACUCGAAGAUUUUGAUGUAGGAAACCUGGGCUUCGCACGACGCAAAGAAUACCCUCACGCUGAAUUUAAGGGGCUAAAACGGGUAAGCAUCUCCUUCAGGAGUUCAGAUGAGCGCAAAUCGUUCGCGGGUUAUAAGUGCGGAUGCAAAUCGAACACCUGGGGCAAUUUGAACAAAUGCAUUGGAGCUGGUCACCAAGGCAUCUUGGGUGAAGUUAAAGCCGUUGGCCAGCAAGAACUUCGGGCAUACCAUCGAGCAGGUGAAAAUCAUGCAGAUAUCGUCAUUGGACAAGCCCCAACUGCAGUGUGA